GUUAUCUCCUAUUUGACAGUACCUGAAAUUCCCUCUGUCUAAAAAUGUAAAUGUUGAGUUGAAGUCAUUGACUGGCUGAAAAUAAGUGACUAAAAUGUCCAUAGACACGUGAGCAACAGUAUAAAAUAAUCAGUGACCUGUUCUUUACCAUGUCGAAAAAGGAGAGCAGACUAGGAACGGAGAAAUGACUAUACACAUCGCUGGCUAUAGGCUUAAAGUAAAAAGCUGACUAAAGUUUGGAUUCUACAAAUGACUAGCUUGGUGUCCUCUAGUUAUGUACAGUUACUGAGAUGGUGUGUGAGGAGAUGAUCAGUUUCCUGGGCAGCUGCUGGAAUGUGGACUGGGGAAAAGAGCUUACUAAUGCUCCGCGAUUUGUUAAUUAUGCUGAUUUGUUUUUAAUGUCAUUGACUUCAUUUUAAAGGAGCUUCAUUCUCAGAGGAUUCCUUGUUCAAGGUGAAAAACUUGAAUAUUUCAAGAGUUGGAGCUGAAUCUGAUGUCAAAUGAUGGCAACAGGUGACUUAAAAAGAAGUUUGCGGAACUUAGAACAAGUACUGCGCUCACUAAAUUAUCCUAAAGAGGUGGAUUGUGUAGGUUUGAUAAAGGGAGACACAGCAGCAUCCUUGCCCAUCAUCAGCUAUUCGCUUACCUCAUAUUCACCUUAUGUAACAGAAUUUCUCAUGGAAUCCAAUAUAGAGCUCAUAGCAAAGAAUGACUUGCGCUUUAUAGAUGCUGUCUAUAAGAUUCUUCGCGAUCAGUUUAAUUACAAACCAAUUUUGACAAAAAAGCAAUUUAUCCAAUGUGGGUUUGCAGAAUGGAAAAUCCAAAUUAUUUGUGAUAUUUUGCAUUGUGUGAUGAAAAAGCACAAGGAACUCAGUAGUAUUGAGAAGACUCCAUCACAGCAAAGAAAAAAAAUCAGUUCUGGUAAGCCAGAACCCUCUUCAAGCAGUGAGAAAAUAUGUGCAGAACCUGUGGGCAUUGACAUCACUGGCAGGUUUAUGACUUCAGGAAAGAAGAAAGCUGUGGUGAUCCGUCACCUGUAUAGUGAAGAUAGUGGGGACAUGUCUGAAGAUACAAUAAGUACAGUAACAGAUGUUAAUGAGGCAUUUGAUGUGUCUGACUUAAAGACUACAGAAAUAAAUAUUCCUGAAGUAACGGUCCCUGAGAUCAAGACUGAGCAACAAGAUGUAAAAGUUAAUGCUGAGAUCACUACACUUCAGACUAUGCUUGCUGAAUGCCAAGAUAAACUUAACAAACUGACCUGGAUAGAGAAAAGGUUAAACUAUUUGGAAGAAAAAAUGAAAGGAAAAGUGAUGGUAAACGAAAAGACCUGGACUAAUCUGCUAAGUCGUGUCACCCUUCUCGAAACAGAAAUGCUUUUGUCUAAAAAGAAUGCUGAAUAUAUAGAGUUAAAUGAAAUGAGUGAAGACUGCACUUCCAGUAGUGACACGGAUCUUCUCAAUCCCGCUAGUAAACACAAAGGGGAGAGUUCAGCAAGUGUUCCUCUGUCUUCUGGCUAUAGUACAGUAUCAUUAGAUUCAACUUCCAGAAACUCAACUGUUAAUUACUGUGGUCUCAAAGAAAUUUCAGAGGAAACAACAAUCCAGAAAAUGGAAAGGAUGAAAAAAAUGUUUGAAGAAACUGCAGAGUUACUGAAAUGCCCAACUCACUAAUUUAUAGAAUUUUCUGCAUGAACUUCAUAGUAGGGCUUUGGCUACUGAACAUGUUGUAUAUUUUAAGAAUUCUCUAUACAAUUGUAAUAUAUCACAAUGUUUUUAUUAAUGAUUUGAAUUCCAUUUGGCAUACAAGUCUUUUUUUAUUCAUUAUUGAAUAAAUAUUUUAAUAUUUUUGA